CGAGCGGGAUUGAUGCCGGAUACACACGACCCGCAACCGCCCAGCACAACGGAGCCUCACCACGACGCGAAGCAACCCACUGAAGUCAGCGAGGAGGAGUACCAUGAGCAUGCGGACCGCUUCAUGGACAGCCUGCACGACAGGGCGGAAGAGCUUCAAGAAGAACGGCAAGAUGUCGAGGUGGAGUAUGCGGCCGGCGUCCUCUCAUUGUCCUUCCCGCCGAGCGGCACCUAUGUUGUCAACAAGCAACCAGCCAACAAGCAGAUUUGGCUGUCGUCGCCAACGUCAGGGCCGAAGCGAUUUGAUUGGGUUGUCGCUGGUGAGAGCAUGCACCAGAAAGAGGGCGCUGGGACCGGCGACUGGGUGUACCUCAGAGAUGGCACCAGUCUGACGGAUCUUUUGAGGCGAGAGGUUGGUAUCAGUGUUGAUGUUGCGGGUGAGGAUCCA